AUGAGCGCCCACCCCUCUCGAGGGAAGGCCUUCGGGCUCUUCGUCGUGGUUUCAGCUGCUCUUGUUCUAUCCGGCGCCGUUUUACUCAUGUGCACGGGGCUCCGCCACCCAGAGAAGUGGCGCUCGGUGGCGGGGAACAUUUGCAGCACUGCGCCCGAGUUGGGCCAAGUUGCGCUACAGCUCACCGUCGAGCCCGGUGAGCGUGAUACGUGGUUCAGCUGUGGCGCGAACCCACCCGCGGUGCUUCAGCCGUCGCAGCAAGGCAUGGUGUUCGAAGGCACCUCUUGCCAAACGACGAGAAGCUUGUCAAGUGUUUCCGCUGGAGCGAAACUGCAUACAAAAGUUGACGGCGGGCAAACGUGGUACAGGCUCGACAUCCCUUCAAACGAAAGAAAGAACCAAGUUCUCUGCUAUACUUGUAAACAGGCAGUUCCUCAUAAGCCAAAAAACAAAGAAGAUGGAACCCUUCAGAUCGAGGAGCCUGUCACUGGUCGCACGUGUACAGUGCGCAUCACGCUCAAAGCGACCACGAACCGCCAGCUGCAGUAUAAAGCGGAGGAAGAGGAAGGUCAGGGAGAGGCUGCUACCUCGAGGAAUCAACAAACUGGCGAGGAGGCGGCAUCGAACGAUGACCUGAAUGUUACAGUUUGUUCCCAUGGGACUGUACCGGCGAGUGUCGCUCAAGGCGCCCCUCUAGCGUUUCAGUGCGCAGCUGGGAUGCUUCUGGAACCGAAGGGGGGGCAAGAGGCCUUCGACGGAGACUGUAACAACCACGCCCCCCUCACGAGCUUCGUCGAUGCUUCAUUGGAGACACAAUCACUGACGACACAGAAUGACGCGCAGACCACGUACAAGCUCAGAGUGACUAACAGCCCGGUCACCCCUGUGUCCAUCUGUUACAAAUGCGUCUACCGCGUCGACGCCGCAGAAUAUGUGAGCGAGCAGUGCCACCUCAAAAUUUCUGUAAUCCCAACAGCGCAUGCCGGUGCCCCGGCUAGAGGCAUGACGUUAGUAUCUAUAGGUCUGCUUGGGUUGAUCUGGCUCAGUUCUAUGUAA